AUGCUCGGUCGAGGUGGUCAGACGGACAAUGUGAAGUGCUUCUACUGGGCUACAACGAGCUCUGAUCCAAGUCCAAUUUCAAGCAGCUGGGGUGUGGUUCCAGUUGAAGAAAAUGUCCAGGCUUUUUACCUAUCAACGCCAAGCGUCCGUUAUCACGAGAGUGGAUAUUACGGUUGCAAUCUGACAACCUACCCCGGACAAAAUGUGGUGAUAUUGCGGAGAAGGCUUUUAGUAUUGCCAGAUCCAUCAGUACUCCACAUAGCCAUUACCCAUGAGCUAUUGGGCAGAGAUGAUCCGUGGGAAACAAAUUACACAAUCCGCGCUUCUGACGAAAGACCUGUUUUGCUGAGCAACACAGCCGCGUACACACACUGUGUGUACCAAAUCCCUGCAGGUAUGCACACACGUCCAUUCCUUUCAUUUAACUACCAAAAGAUGAGCGCAGUCGCAGCAAACAAGGGUUUGCCACACCGGGCGGAAACUAUACGUACGAACGUCACACAUGCAAUGCAUCCCUACAUCAUUCAUGCUCCGAGUUGGCUAGAGUAUGUAGGUUCGGCUAAGGUUGCCUGCACGCUUCAAUAUCAUUUUGAGGAGCCGAUACCAGGCAAUCUGAAAGAUAGCAUUGAGCCCAUCACAUUUAGUGAGGUGAAGGUUCUCCAAAUCGCAGGGUCCAUUAGGCCAGAAAUCCUGGUAGAAUACACAAGAUCCACUGAUCGGCGUCUGCAAACUGAGUUCAGAAAAUCUGCAGGUGAGACAGAGGACCCUGAUGACUUUGGUCAGAAUACAACUGAUAUCCAACACAUGCAGGAGAACAUGACCGGCCUCCGUUUGCGCGCUGUUUUGGGGCAACCCAAAGGAAAUAUUGUUGUCUGGACGCUGCUCGAGCACGACGGCAAUCUGAUCGAAGAGCCAUGCAAGAAAGGCAAGUGGACCAGUCUCCGUAACUCACCCAAUCCCAAACAAACCGGAUCCUCAUACGGAUUAAUGCAUAACGUGGUGCAUGCCUUAUUCUACUGUGUGCUCCGUCCUGAACACGUCGCGGUAGCGGCCGUCGUUUAUAACGGAUAUCAAACUGUACUGGACAACGAGAAGACAGCACCGACACUGCGGAAGCAGGUUGGUUCAAUCAUUAGGGCUUCGUUGGAUCAAACAGUCAGUGAGAAGGAGAUCACUUUGAACACACAACCCGGUCUGUAUGCCGCCUAUCGAUGGGUACGUGCCAACGUCAGCUGGAAAUCCAGGGUGUCCAUUGGAACGCGUGUGGAAAUGCUCGGAUUCAACACGUACUCUGAAAAAAUCCACUUCAACCUCAUCAGCUCUCGAGUUACCUACGCCGAUUCCGGCAUCUAUUCGUGUGCAGUAGAUCAAGUGGCGUGUGAGAAGUGUGUAUCGCAAUUUGGUUUCUCACCGCGAAAGUUGUAUGUAAUUCCAGAUGCCUCAUUGAUACAAAUGAAUCUGAAUCACCAUCUGAGCACCUCUGCAGAGACAGCAAAGAAGGAUAACUUCACUCAGCUCGACCCGGACGAUACGCCAUUCCUCUUGUGUGAACAGGAUCUUUAUGUUUCCUGCACCCAUCCGGAUGCGCAAGGCGUCACGGGAAAACAAAAUGCAUCCUUCAAAUUCCACAUGUACGAAAGACAACGCAAUACGAACCACAGUCUCCCAUUCGAACAAGUAUCGCGGUUCCGUGAGAACUCUUCCCGUCUUAUAUUGACCACAACUGUCUACCGAAUCCGAGCUCCUAAAUCUGUCGACGUCCUAGGUCCGCUGUUUGUCACGUGUCAGCUGAAUUUUACCCAGUCUCCAUCUACCACCGACUACAAUGUGAGCUCGUCUGACCAGAGUUUUGCACGGGAGAAGAUGAUUCGUGUGGAGAUAAGACACAAUACCGUUAUAUUAACAAAACACACACGCGCAUCCCGACCAAUUUUGCAACAGGCGUUCCAUGAUCAGAGGAACAAUUCGGUAACUAGUGCCCAGGAGUUUUUCGCCCAGAAAACCGCUGUCUGGCAACUGGAGGGUCUGGUUUCAGUGAAGUAUAUUGCCAGUCUUGGAACACCACGUGGGCGGUCGAAUAUUUUUCUCUUUUAUCGGUAUCGAGAUCGAAUAUUCAACAGUCCGUGUCGGAUACAGUCGAUUGAUGACCUAACAAAGGAGGAUACACCUCUAGAUAUAUUGUUGUCACACGCAUAUCGGGAGACGAACGGAAUGAAUUUCGCUCGUAUCCAUACCAUAUGUCCACUUCUGAUCCAACAUUUUGCAAUGUUGCUGUUUACCGGCACCGUGUUUGACGCCAAAGUAAGCGCACUGCGAAUUCAGGAGAACUUUAUCAAGGUAGUUGAGGGUUCACUCAAAUCUUGGCACACAGAUUCAACUGACAGGAACGAGACUUUGCGAGUUGACACAAUUGGCACACACACGUCCGUACAGUUUCAGCUAUUUCCACUAAACAUUCGAUGGAGAGCAUCCGUAGUACUAGGUUGGCCAAUUGUCCUGUUCGGGACACUUCCACAUAGCAACGAAACACUUCCGAAUUGCAGAUACGCCGUAGAAGCAGGGAGAAGUGGAGAAAUACAGCUUGAGAAGAUCGGUUUCAAGAUUUACGUGAAUCGCACCACUGCCUCAUACGAAGUUUUCAAGCUAGAAGCAAAAGUCACGGAUGCUGGAUUUUAUCACUGUGAAUUGACCAACUGCAAGGCAUGUGGUACUGCAGAACACGCACAGACAAUCUGGCGACGCCUCGUCGUUCUCCCAAAAAUCUUCAGUAUAACGCUGCGUUUCAGCUAUUUCGUUCCGGACGACUACAACAAACUAGAAAAAUACAACGACGAUGACUACCGAGAAACAAUAUCGGCUAUCUAUCCGAGACAACGUAUAUCCGUCCAGUGUAUGUAUGACAUGUCCAAAGUC